UUCUUCAAUCCGCAGAUGCAGGCCCACAAUUUCAUCAAAUUGUAAUCUACAUCUGCUUUUUUUUUUUUCUCAAAGAAUAAAAAUAGAAAUUUGUCUCAAUUCUUCAUAUCAAAUCUUACUAAAAAACUCAUAUAAAAUUAUGCCGUCGUUAGAGGAAGAAUUGUUUCCUUCUACACCGGGGAAAUUUAAGGAUAGAAAUCGACAUUUUCACAGAUGUUUUGCUUCAACAAGCACAAUGUUUCUAUGGGCAUUGUUUUUGAUAGCUUUAACGGCGUCGUAUUUGUGUUUUCAGUCAUUUAUGGAUUCCGGUAACCGGUAUUUUGCACACGGUCAUCAUUGGGAGAAGAAAAUCAUUAACUCCGCUCAGAUCCGUCGUUCUCACGGCGGAAUGUCGGUACUUGUUACCGGCGCAGCCGGUUUCGUCGGAUCUCACGUCUCCAUCGCAUUGAAGAAACGAGGCGAUGGAGUCGUGGGAAUCGAUAAUUUCAAUAAUUACUAUGAUCCGUCGUUGAAGAAAGCUCGGAAAAAACUACUAGCUGAAAACGGAGUUUUCAUCGUCGAAGGAGACAUCAACGACUCGAAGCUGCUAGUUAAGAUGUUUGACAUUGGUCGAUUCACGCACGUAAUGCAUCUCGCAGCUCAAGCUGGAGUUCGUUACGCGAUGGAGAAUCCUGGCUCGUAUAUUCACAGCAACAUCGCCGGCCUUGUUUCCCUUCUCGAAGUUUGCAAGAAUUCGAACCCGCAACCUUCGAUUGUAUGGGCGAGCUCCAGUUCCGUUUACGGGUUAAAUGAAAAAGUACCAUUUUCCGAAUCGGAUCGAACGGAUCAACCCGCUUCGUUAUACGCCGCGACGAAAAAAGCCGGUGAAGAAAUUACACACACUUAUAAUCACAUAUACGGGUUAUCGAUAACCGGGUUAAGAUUCUUUACUGUUUACGGGCCGUGGGGAAGACCCGACAUGGCGUAUUUCAGUUUUACCCGAAACAUAUUACAUGGAAAACCGAUAACGGUUUAUCGGGGCAAAAAUCGGGUCGAUUUGGCCCGGGAUUUUACCUACAUUGAUGAUGUUGUGAAAGGGUGUAUUGGGUCACUUGAUACUUCGGGUAAAAGCACCGGGUCGGGUGGGAAGAAACGGGGACCCGCUCUGUAUCGGAUUUUUAAUUUGGGUAAUACGUCCCCGGUUACCGUUCCGAUGAUGGUUGGUAUGUUGGAGAAGCAUUUGAAGGUUAAAGCUAAGAAGAAUUUCGUCGUAAUGCCCGGAAACGGCGACGUUCCGUUUACCCAUGCGAAUAUAAGUUCGGCCCGGAAAGAAUUCGGGUAUAAACCCACAACCGAUUUGCAAACCGGGUUGAAAAAGUUUGUUAGGUGGUAUCUCUCUUAUUAUGGCUAUAAUCAAGGAAAGUUGUAAAUUGAUAAUUACUUUUUUUAAAAAAAAAAUUCUUGUUGUAAUUUUUUUUGACUUUUUUUUAUGAAUCACGAAAGAAAAAAAAAGAAAAAAAGAAAAGAAAAGGUGAAUACCAAUUCUUUUUUUUAAAAUUACUAUUAAUGUUAUAUUAUUAUUAUUAUUGGGGAAAGAGGAGGGAAAAAGAUUUGAUAAACUCCCUUUCCCCUUUUUUUAGAACAACUUGUUGUUACUUUCCUUGUAAAGGAUAAAAGAAGUUUAUUAUUCUUUGUCUCA